CACUGUUUUAACCCAAAGUGCCAAACACAUACUGAGAGACCGCUAGUGCUGGGACUGGGAGGAGAGCGCAGAGGAAGAGGAAUACUGGAAAGCUGACGAAAGAGGCAAGGAAAGGAAGGAAGCUAGCACGCACAUAUCCAGCCAGCCCAGGAUUGCAGAUUGCUAUCCCUCUUAUUCUCGCAACCACGCUGAUCCCAAACCCCAUUCCGCCUCUCUCGGCCGGUCUCUCCUCGCGGGAUAGGAGAAAGUCAGCGGCGGGCGCGAGGUCGGUCGAGUGGAGCGGCCGGCAAGAAGAGCGAGGAGAUUUAGGAGGGGGAGAUGAAGCCCGUCGAGCGCGCCAAGCUGGUGCGGAGCCUCCGGCAGGAGUCGCGGCGGCUGCGCCUGCUCGUCCUCGUCAUCGGCUUCUUCCUCGUCACACUCACCUUCGUCGUCAUCUCCAAGCCCGACGCCCUCCUCUUCAACCUGAACGGCCGGCUGUCGGUGGAUCAUGCGCCGCGCUCGCUCCUGAUCCGCCAGCGGAUCCACGCCGACUCCAGGAGAUCCGCCGAUACCUUCCCCGCCGCCGAGGAUCCCAAGGUGGUGGACGAAGACGAAGGCGCCGAGGACGCCACCGCCAAAGGGACUAGUGAGGAGGAGAAGAGGCUACUCAGUAGUGAGCCCGAGCAAGGCAAGAACGAGGAGGCGGCCACUGCAUCUGAGGUGUUAGGUGGUGGAGGCGAAGAGGAUAAUAAGAACGGCGAGGAAGAGGGGCACACACAGCAUAGCAAGGUGACCCUCCCGACUGUUUCCAAUUAUACCAUCCGUGAUGCUGAAGACACUGACAAUGGCAAGCAAGAAGAUGGCAAACCGAAUGAAAAAUAUGAAUUUGAGAUGGACGCGGACAAGGGAGACAAUGUGGAACCAGAAACUGAUAAUGAGGAGUGGAACAAGAAACCACUAUGUGAUUUCUCAAACUUCAGAGCAAAUGUCUGUGAGAUGCGGGGCAACAUUAGGAUUCAUCCCAAUGCAAGUUCUGUCAUGUACAUGGAACCUGCCAGUUCAAAGAGAGAGGAGAUAUGGAAAGUUAAGCCUUACCCUCGUAAAGGUGACGAGCUCUGCCUCGGCCAUAUUACAGAGAUAACCGUGAAAUCAAGCAAAGUGGCACCUGAGUGUAGCAAGUAUCACAAUGUGCCUGCAGUGGUCUUUGCUCUGACUGGAUACACUGGAAAUCUAUUCCAUGACUUCACCGACGUGCUUGUCCCUCUUUUCACAACCGCAAGCGAAUUCAAUGGCGAAGUUCAAUUCCUAAUCACAGACAUGGCUAUUUGGUGGACAAGGAAGUAUAAGGUGGUGUUUGAUAAGCUAUCCAAGUACCCCUUGAUUGACUUCAACAAUGACGAUCAAGUGCAUUGCUUCAAGCAUGCAAUUGUUGGCCUUCAUGCUUACAUGGAGUUCACAAUUGACUCAUCAAAAGCUCCACAUAACUACUCAAUGGUGGAUUUUAAUAGGUUCAUGCGCAGGACCUACUCACUGCCUAGGGAUUUUGUAACUGCGCUUGGUGAGAUUCCCAAAGCCAAGCCAAGACUGCUCAUUAUAUCCAGGCAGAGGACAAGAAUGUUUCUCAAUCUUAACGAGAUAGUGGCGAUGGCUGAGGAGAUAGGUUACGAGGUGGUGGUUGAAGAGGCCAAUGUGAGCUCUGAUCUCUCCCAUUUUGGCAAGGUUGUCAACUCUGUUGAUGUGAUGAUGGGUGUCCAUGGUGCUGGACUCACCAACUGUGUGUUCUUGCCACAAAACGCUACAUUGAUUCAGAUUGUGCCAUGGGGUGGACUAGACUGGAUAUCAAGAAUUGAUUUCGGCAACCCAGCGGAACAAAUGGGCCUGCGUUACAAGCAGUAUAGCAUUGGUGUACAUGAAAGCAGCCUUACUGAUCAAUAUCCCCUAGAUCAUGAGAUCUUCACAAAUCCUCUUUCGUUCCACAAACAUGGAUUUGAAUUCAUCAGGCAGACCUUCAUGGAUAAGCAAAACGUCAAGCUUGAUUGCAACCGAUUCAAGCCUGUACUCUUGGAGGUUCUUGAUCAAUUGAAUCAAUAGAAACCACUAAUAUAUUGCAAGCUGGGGCACUGUUUUUGUCCACAAAUUUUUGGUUUCACCGUUCUUUAUUUAGUAAAAUUUGUUGGCCAUCUUCUGAUUACAUGAGCAAGGCAGGAAUUAAUUUAUUUGUCUAAUGUGUAGAAAAUUAUGCUGCCACAUGGAUUUAAACUCAGAUAUCCAUGAUGUGUCAUCUAGAUCAUAUUUCUCGAUUGGAAAUAGAAAAUAAUUUAUUUUUUACUUGUAAAUUUUUGUC